AUGAAUGCUGAGCUCCAGGUUGAGCAUGAAAAGAUGGAAAGUGCGAAUGAGAUAAUCCAUUUACAAGAGUUGUAUGGUGAGAACUCAGUGGUGAAGCAAUACGAAUUGUGUUUGACACUAUUCACAAUAAGGCUUAGGGAGGGAGUUGCCCCAAAUGAUCAUGUUAUGAAAAUGAGUAAUAUUAUAGGGCAAUUGCGUACACUUGAGAUUGUGAUGCCACACAGUCUUGAGGUGAAUUUGAUUCUACAAUCCCUUCCACCAAGUUUCAAGCCCUUCAUCAAAAAUUAUAAUCUCAAUAGGAUUGAGCACACUCUUGUAGAACUCUCGAAUGAGAUUCAACAGUUCUAUAAGCAGGGAAGAAAGGAAAAGGGGCAAGAGGAUGUUUUUGCAGCUUCUUCUAGUAAGACUAAGAAGAAGCAAUGGAAGGAAAAGAAAGGUCCAAAAGUUGGACCACGAAAAAGGCAUUUUAAGAAGGAUGCUUCUAAGAUUGAGAAGGGCAAAGAAAAGGUCAAUGAUAAAGGCCAAUGUUUCCACUGCAAGAAAGAUGGACAUUGGAAGAGGAAUUGUCAUCUUUAUAUGAAGAGCUUGAAGAAAGCUCCAGCAGACACUGUGGAAUAG